CCAGUUCUGGAAUCCGUCUGUUGUUUUAUUGUUCCUCGAGCUACCAAUUAUCCUUCUGAAGCUCAAGCCUUGUACUCGAUACUUUCAGGCACCUCAGGCUCGGCACAGGUUUCGUGCCACAAGGUCAGAUCUGAUACGCGCAACUGCAAGGUCAGAAUCCAGCUUCAAUUAUAAUUCCAGCUUUCCAUCGAUCGCCACCGGUCCGUUAGGCAGUCAUAACCGAGUCCUCAGGCUCUUCUCGGCCUCCUUCAGAGCACAGUCAAAGUCCGUGGCCGCAUGGUUUCAAAACACGUGGGUUCUGCCAUUAUAAAAUGCGCCAAGAGUCGAGCAGCCCUGUAGCAUCUGGAGCUCCCGGGGCAAGUCCAUCACAGGCGAUUGAGGAUGUCGAAGGAGCUGUCAUCUGGCGGGCCCUGGUACCCGGUUUCGAAGCCUCCAGUCUAUAAAGAAGAAACAGAAUGCAGCGAGACGAUGUGUUCCUUUCUUGGCUCGCAUCAGCAUGCAUCCGAUCUUCACUAUCGAGCACUCCCCACCUCACUUGUUCGCUAGAGAUUGGUAGCCAUCGAUGGCAGUAAAUUCGAUUCAACAAUUGCGUAAUCGAUUGACGAGCACAGAAGUUUAGGUCGGACGAGAGGACCGGAUACAAUGUCUUCGAAAUUUUUUGAGAGCUUGAGCUCGAGUGCAGGUGGUGAAGACACGGGAGUGGGAGAGGACGAAUUUCUGGCACGGAGUUUGGCGUCUACAGUCUGGAGUGUGGAGCUGAGAACUCAGAGUCCAGCAAGUCUUCAAGUUCAAUCACGUCGAGGGGAGGUCGUGGCUCCACCACAAUGGCACUCUGUGGCCAUGAAAGAAGAUCGGGAAGAGCGGCCUUGGGCUGAUUUGAACGCGGAAGUCCUGGCAGAGAUUUUUGAUCUCCUAUCGUUCGAAGAGAGGCUCACAGUAUUGCCGCUGGUUUGCAAGGACUGGAGGGAGGCAUCGCUCUACCCUGCUUCUUGGAGGAACGUGGACUUGAAGCCAUGGAUAACCCGGGAGGUAGGCCCUGUCCGAUUUCGUGCCUCGGCCAGAGAGCUGAACAUGGAUAGGCUAGUCCGUUUUGUCGUGGACAGGAGCUGUGGGAACCUUCGCCAGCUUCAUACCAGAUUCUGCACCGGUGAGGCCCUCGAUUAUCUGGCCGAGAAAUGUCCACAGCUAACAGUGCUGUCGUUGUGUGACUGCGGCAUGGUCCAGGACGAGUCCGCCGUCAGGCUGGCCGAGCGCUGCAAGAAAAUCGAGGAGCUCGAUUUGAGUGAUUGCUACGAAGUUUCCUCCAAAUCGAUAGCAGCCUUCGGAUCCAAAUGUCCCCAGCUGAGACAUUUUACUCGCCGAAUGGUAAAUUGGAACAUGUAUAAAGAAUCACCACCAAGACCACGAGGAGACAUGGACGCCUUUGCAAUUGCCAAGUCUAUGGCGAGCCUGAAACACCUCGAUUUGACGAGCAUGUUUUCUUUGACCGAUGCGGGCUUGAUACGUAUAGCCAAUAGCUGCAAGGAUCUGGAGACCCUCGAUAUUUCUGGCUGCUUCAAAGUUUCUCUAGCAGCUCGGGACUUGGUGCGUAGUUUAUGUCCCAAGCUGACACACUACAUAAGACCAAUGAUGAGGAAACCAUGGUGCAAAGACCUAUGUGAGCUGAUUAGGACCUUCCCCGCAGAAAAUUCCUAGAUCCAUGCGCGCAAGGAAUACUGACAACAAGUUUCGGGGCACCAGAAACAGAGAGGAAAGAUGUGAUUCGAGCUACAUCAGAGAGGAACUUCGGACUUGAAAAUAAAUAUCACGGGUACAGACAAGUAGGAAACGGAAUCACAUGCAUAGCUCACUAGAGGAGGUGUCUUUACAUUCGUCUUUCAUCUCUGCCAUUAUAUCAACAUUGCUCUGUUCUUCCAAACGAAUAAUCUUUUGCUGUAGUCUCGAUGAACAUCUCAGUGCCUCGUGCCACGUUUCGGCUCCUUUAGUCUUCACGUACAAGAUGGAUCAUUCUUAUUUUUCAUUAGACAUCCUCACCUCCUCUCAGAUCAUUGCAUUGAGAAGAUAGAUGAACUACUCGCUUUCAGCCCCUGCUCCUGACGAUGCCAAGGACUUUGACCAAGUUGCAACAACUGUGACGUGUGACGCUGAAAGAUAUAUAUAUUAUGGCCAGCGAGAAGGUGAUGUACAUAGUGCGCAUAUUUGUGACUUUUUUGUUAGUCCGUCUUACGAGUUAUUUUGUUUGACAUGGACUGUAGUCAG